AUGGUCAAUUGGUUGCUCUGGAACUGGAAAGCAGGGUUCAGUGGUCGUGGCACCAGAGGUUUCAAAGUGCAUAUCGAGGUGCAGACAUACUCAGCUUUGGAACCCUUGGCUGACGGAUGUGAUAAGCAGGAAACCCUUAAAGAGUUCGACGCCUCUCGCGAAAUCGCCGCCAUGAAGGCACGCCUCGACCAACAACAGGAGGAUAUCGAAGAUAACAGCGAACUGAUCACCAUAGCCGGUGCCCAGAUUUCCGAGCUGGAGCCUGUUGUUGACAAGAUCGAGGAAGAGUUACCGAGUGUCAAGGAAAAGCUCCACGCCUACUGCAAGAAAAGGCUUGACGCGUUCUCCGAUGAGCUUGACGAUAUGGCUAGGGUCGACAGUGACAAGUGGAGCCGUAUCAACGACCGCCAGGCGAUCGCCCUCAGAGAGGAGAAGGAUGCCAACGCGCAGCUCAAGGCCGACGUGGCCAGCAUCAUGCGUCGACUUGCCGCAGUCGAGGACGUCGUCCACCCAGACAUGUGUGAGGCGGCUGAGAAGAAGCUUGGAGAAUUGGGCGUCUCAGAUACUCAGUGA